CGGUCACUAAAAGAGGGGAUCCGAGGCUGUGCUGUCGACUGUUUCCUCCACUCUGCCCGUCCUCCGACGAUCCAGCGAUCUCGAUCUCCUCCUCUCCACCGCCGGCUGUCGUUGGUGCUGCAGCAGCAGAAGCCAAUAGUGAUAAGGAAGAAUGCAUUCCACGCACCUUCUUCUCGAGGAACCCAUCAGGAUGGCCUCCAUCCUCGAGCCAUCGAAGCCGAGUUUCUUCCCUGCGAUGACCAAGAUCGUGGGGACGCUCGGCUCCAAAUCACGGUCGGUGGAGGUGAUCUCUGCCUGCCUCAAGGCCGGCAUGUCAGUGGCGCGAUUUGACUUCUCGUGGGGAGACGUCGAUUAUCAUCAGGAGACCCUGGAAAAUCUCAAGGCAGCUAUUAAGAGCACCAAAAAGUUCUGCGCAGUCAUGUUAGAUACUGUGGGUCCAGAGUUACAGGUUGUGAACAAAAGUGAGAAGGCCAUCUCGCUUGAGGCUGAUACUUUGGUUGUUUUAACGCCAGAUCAGGAGCAGGAAGCAUCAUCCCAGCUGUUGCCUAUAAACUUUAGUAAUUUGUCAAAGGCAGUGAAGCCAGGAGACACAAUAUUUAUUGGCCAAUACUUGUUUACUGGAAGUGAAACUACUUCUGUUUGGUUGGAGGUUGCUGAGUUGAAAGGAGAUGAUGUGGUCUGCAAAAUAAAAAACACUGCUACUCUGACUGGGUCACUGUUCACACUUCAUAUAUCUCAAAUCCGUGUUGACUUGCCAACACUUACUGAAGCUGACAAAAGUGUAAUAAGUACAUGGGGUGUCCGCAACAAAAUCGAUUUCCUUUCAUUAUCUUAUACAAGGCAUGCAGAAGAUGUUCGGCAAGCUCGGAAAUUCCUGUCGAAGUUAGGUGAUCUUUACCAAACCCAAAUAUUUGCAAAGAUUGAGAAUGUAGAGGGUCUCACACACUUUGAUGAGAUUCUACAAGAAGCAGAUGGUGUUAUUCUUUCACGUGGGAAUCUCGGAAUAGAUCUCCCACCUGAGAAGGUGUUUCUAUUUCAAAAGGCAGCUGUCUAUAAAUGUAACAUGGCUGGAAAGCCAGCAGUUGUCACACGUGUGGUUGACAGCAUGACCGACAACUUGAGACCAACACGUGCAGAAGCAACUGAUGUGGCAAAUGCGAUACUGGAUGGUAGUGAUGCAAUCCUUUUAGGUGCUGAAACUCUUCGAGGAUUGUACCCUGUUGAGACUAUUUCAAUUGUGGGUCGAAUUUGUUAUGAGGCAGAGAAGGUUUUCAACCAGGAUUUGUACUUCAAGAAAACUGUGAAAUAUGUUGGAGAACCAAUGACCCACCUGGAGUCCAUAGCUUCAUCAGCUGUGCGUGCUGCUAUUAAAGUCAAGGCUUCUGUGAUAAUUUGUUUCACUUCAUCCGGACAAGCUGCAAGGUUAAUUGCAAAAUAUAGGCCAACUAUGCCUGUACUAUCUGUGGUCAUCCCUCGGCUUAAAACAAACCAACUUCGGUGGAGUUUCAGUGGUGCUUUUGAAGCUAGGCAAUCGCUCAUAGUUAGAGGCCUUUUUCCCAUGCUUGCUGAUCCUCGCCACCCUGCUGAGUCAACCAGUGCCACCAACGAGUCAGUUCUAAAGGUUGCUCUCGAUCAUGGCAAGGCCUCUGGUCUGAUCAAGUCUCACGAUCGAGUAGUUGUGUGCCAGAAAGUCGGGGAUGCUUCAGUGGUGAAGAUUAUCGAGCUGGAAGAUUGAAAAGUUGUUGGUCCGCAAAGUUCCAGCGAGCUGACUGAAUGCGCUCUAAUUUUGUUUUGUCGCAUUUUCUUAGGGAGUCUAUCAAAUAAACUCUCAUCCAGCAAAUAGUAUCUCAAAUAUAACCUAAAUAAGCUUCAAGCGCUCCGCAAUUGAGAAAUUGCACUACACUAGUUUAUUUUUGCUGUGUUAUUUCCGCAACAGCCAUUGGCAUGGGAUUUCUAGUUGGUUUCUUAUCAUCAAGUCUGUUGUGGACCAAUCUCUAUGUUGGAGAACUGCAUGUCUCGUUUGUGUUUUACCUACCAAUUUUAGCUCAUCCGUAUCAGACUACCAUUUGCUUUCCA